GCGUGGUGUCAGCAUACACACCUUUCUUUCUAACCAUCCAACGCAUGAGGUCAAGAGGUCGGAUAAUUGUUCUGUAAGACCAGAUGACGUCAUCAUCUGGUUAUUUAAAUGGUGAAUCCGAAAACAAACCAUUUCCAGCGAAGUGAUAGCCAGGAUGACUAUUUUACAGAUAUUUAUUGUUUUGUGUCAACUUCAUCAGAUCUCUGGCUUUGCUCGUCUGUUGAGUCCCCCUCAGAGAUCGUCGCUCUGGAGGUACGGAUAUAAAGGGGCACCUGUCAAUGAACAAGACGGGGAAUUAAACUGCGGAGGAUUUACUCGUCAGUGGACGGACACAGACAACGAAGGAUGUUGCGGCCCCUGUGGAGAUCCUUGUGAUGGUGAACGCCAAAACGAGGCUGGCGGGAAGUACGCACUGGGCAUCAUCGCCGGAAGUUACGAACCUGGAGCCUCAGUGACAGUGCGGGUAGAGAUAUGGCCGCCUCAACAACUCGGGUAUUUCGAGUUUCGCCUGUGCGACCUCGACGAGUUCAAGGCACCAGCAACUCAAGCUUGUUUCGAUAAGAACCUGCUGGUGAUUGAGGAUAUCAAUGAGUCUCAGUACUAUCCUGGCAGUUUCAAUGGAACAGUCGUAUCGAACGUUCUUCUCCCACCAGCAAUCACAUGUGAACACUGUGUUUUGCAGUUCAAAUAUAACACAGGUUAUCGAUACGGCGGAGAUACUUGUCCAUUCCGAGGUUGUGGUCCCCAGGAACAGUUUUUCAACUGUGCAGACAUCCGUAUUCAGAACACUUUGAGUACAAUCAUUUCACCAGCACAGUCGACGGCCUCUAGUGUUGAGCCAUCAAUCUCAAGCGUGUUUCCUUCAAGUGAAGAUGCCUCUCUUAUCACAGUGACAUCUGUACACACCAGUGUAACCGAUCCAGUAUCCUCCAUCUCUGAGACGUCAGUAGCUUCAUCAUCACCAUCAGACUUGAGUGUGGCAACAUCCAGCUCAUCCUCCCCUAUCAUGAUUACAUCCGCAUCAAUAGGAGAUCAGAGCAUAGCGAUGACAAGCUUGAGCGAUGCAACCUCCACGAUUAUAGAUGCAUCCACAGUGUCAUCGUCACAGGGCUUAGAAACAUCUUCAACCUUAAUGACAAGUGAUGACAUUCUUCCAUCGUCAGUGGUUCUAGGUGGUAGUUCAGAUGGCGGAGUCACCACAAUGCUUCUGUCCCUCCCUCCCCUGUUUACGACCAGCAUAGCGGUGAGCAGUAGUGUGUCGGGACAUACUCCAUCCUUCUCGACAGGGCUCACCAGUAGUGUGUCCACUGUUGCAACACUUCCCAGUAGUGUUACCAUAGAGGCCUCGUCUAUCUCAAUCUCUCCCUCAAAAACGACAGAAGCCUCAAUUUCUGCCUCGACAACGACGGACGCCUCAAACACUGCCUCGACAACAACAGAAAACCCAAUCUCUCCCUCGACAAUGGCAGAAGACUCAAUCGCUCCCUUGACAACGACGGACGCCUCAGUCACUGCCUCGACAACGACGGACGCCUCAAUCUCUGCCUCGACAACGACAGAAGACUCAAUCUCUCCCUUGACAACGACAGACGCCUCAAUCACUGUCUCGACAACGACGGACGUUUCAAACACUGCCUCGACAACAAUAGAAAACACAAUCUCUGCCUCGACAACGACAGAACUCUCAAUCUCGGAGUUGACAACAACAACGGACGCCUCAAUAUCUCAUUCGACAACAACAGAAGAUUCAAUCUCUUCUUCGACAAUGUCAGAAGGCACAAUCUCUGUCUCAACAAUGAUGGCCUCCUCAAUCUCUCCCUCUGAAACGACAGAAGUGUCAGUGUCUGCCUCGAGUAUAUCAGAAGAAUCUACCACUGCAACAUCAGAGGAAUCCACCAUUACUAUGACGUCAUCAGAAGAAGCCACCAGUGCAACAACAUCUGAAGAAUCCACCAGUGCAACGUCAUCAGAAGAAUCCGCCAGUGCAACAACAUCAGAAGAAUCCACCAGUGCAACAACAUCUGAAGAAUCCACCACUGCAACAUCAGAAGACUCCACCACUGCUACGACGCCAUCAGAAGAAUCCACCACUGCAACAACAUCUGAAGAAUCCACCACUACUACGACGCCAUCAGAAGAAUCCACCAGUGCAACAACAUCUGAAGAAUCCACCACUACUACGACACCAUCAGAAGAAUCCACCACUGCAACAACAUCUGAAGAAUCCACCACUACUACGAUGCCAUCAGAAGAAUCCACCACUACUACGACGCCAUCAGAAGAAUCCACCAGUGCAACAACAUCUGAAGACUCCACCACUGCAACAACUGAAGAGUCCACCACUGCAACAACAACUGAAGAAUCCACCAAUGCAGCAACAUCAGAACAAUCUACAACUGCAACAACAUCUGAAGAAUCCACCAGUGCAACAACAUCUGAAGAAACUACCACUGCAACAACAUCUGAAGAAUCCACCAGUGUUAUGACGCCAUCAGAAGAAACCAAAACUGCAACAACAUCUGAAGAAUCUACCACAGCAACAACAUCAGAAGAAUCCACCACUGCAACAACAUCUGAAGAAUCCACAACUGCAACAUCAGAACAAUCCACCACUGCAACAACAUCUGAAGAAUCCACCACAGCAACAACAUCAGAAGAAUCCACAACUGCAACAACAUCUGAAGAAUCCACAACUGCAACAUCAGAAGAAUCCACAACUGCAACAACAUCUGACGAAUCCACCACUGCUACGACGUCAUCAUCAGAAGAAUCCACAACUGCAACAACAUCUGACGAAUCCACCACUGCUACGACGUCAUCAUCAGAAGAAUCCACAACUGCAACAUCAGAAGAAUCCACCAGUGCAACAACAUCUGAACAAUCCACCAGUGUUAUGACGCCAUCAGAAUCCACAACUGCAACAACAUCUGAAGAAUCUACCACAGCAACAACAUCUGAAGAAUCCACCACUGCAACAACAUCAGAGGAAUCCACUCCUACUACGACGUCAUCAUCAUCAGAAUCCACAACUGCAACAACAUCUGAAGAAUCUACCACAGCAACAACAUCUGAAGAAUCCACCACUGCAACAACAUCUGAAGAAUCCACUCCUACUACGAUGCCAUCAUCAUCAGAAUCCACAACUGCAACAACAUCUGAAGAAUCUACCACAGCAACAACAUCUGAACAAUCCACCACUGCAACAACAUCUGAAGAAUCCACUCCUACUACGACGUCAUCAUCAUCAGAAUCCACCACUGCAACAACAUCUGAAGAAUCCACCAUUACUAUGACGUCAUCAGAAGAAUCCACCACUGCAACAACAUCUGAACAAUCCACAACUGCAACAACAUCUGAACAAUCCACCACUACUACGAUGUCAUCAUCAGAAGAAUCCACCACAGCAACAACAUCUGAAGAAUCCACCACUACAACAUCAUCAGAAGAAGAAUCCACAACUGCAACAACAUCAGAAGAAUCCACCAGUGCAACAACAUCUGAACAAUCCACAACUGCAACAACAUCUGAACAAUCCACCCCUACUACGACGUCAUCAUCAGAAGAAUCCACCACUGAAGCAACAUCUGAAGAAUCCACCACUACAACGUCAUCAGAAGAAUCCACAAAUGCAACAACAUCAGAAGAAUCCACAACUGCAACAACAUCAGAAGAAUCCACAAGUGCAACAACAUCAGAAGAAUCCACAAGUGCAACAACAUCAGAAGAAUCCACCAAUGCAACAACAUCAGAAGAAUCCACAACUGAAACACCUGAAGAAUCGACCAGUGCAACAACAUCUGAAGAAUCCACAACUGCAACAACAUCUGAACAAUCCACAACUGCAACAACAUCUGAAGAAUCCACAACUGCAACAUCUGAAGAAUCCACCACUGCAACAACAUCAGAAGAAUCCACCACUGCAACAUCAGAGGAAACUACCACUGCAACAUCUGAACAAUCCACCACAACUACAAUGUCAUCAGAAGAAACCUCCUCAACUACGAUCGCAGAAACAACAACACCAGUGUGCGAUUCGUCGUCUCCACAUUAUCAGUGCUACUCCAAAUACAGCUAUAUAAAUGACACAUGGUGUCAAGACAAUUGCUUGCUGGGUUACUGCCCAAACCAUAUAUGCUAUUGCUCAUGUCAGGAAGGACAGGACGCUGGUGUUCGACCAGCACCUCCACGGGAAAGAAGAUGCGUACCCUUGUCAAGACCAGACUUUGCCUUGUGGUGCUCUUCUUAUUACAACAUCGCACAUGAAUGUCCCACGGCCUUCUGCAGGUUAACUUUCACAUAGGCCAUCCAUGUCAGUGUUUCCAAAUCUGUAUAAAUAUGUUUAUGCUCCGGUGCAAAUUGAUCUACUAUAUUUUGUUUAUAUGUUUACAUGUUAUAUGUUUGAUUACAUUUAUCAAAGAUUGUAUUUUUGGAAUUUUGCUAAAAGCGGGGUAAAACCUCACUCACUCGCUCAUCAUUGGUCCUUUCCAUAAUUGGUUUAAUAUGGAACACACUAGAUAUGCCAUCAAUUUUUAUGCUGUUUUCGUUUGGAUGUUUAGCUAGUUCCCUUCCAUUGAUUACGUAACUGAGCUAGAAUUUGAGUGAGUGAGUGAAUUUAGUUUAACGCCGCUUUUAGCAAUAUUCCAGCAACCUCACGGCAGGGGACACAAGAAAGGGGCUUCCCGGGUCUUCAGCGUGACGAGUGAACGCUUCCACCACGAAGCUUCCCCACCUCCCCUAAACUUUAAGAAAGCCUCAUCUGUUUCCUAUUGUAAUCAUGUGGAAUACGCGUGCCAUGGACUUGUGUCAUCACUAUUUGAUAAACAUUUCAUUAACACCUGCUAUUGAUGUAAUCGUUAUCGUACAGUCUGCUUCAAUUAUUAUCCAAGGGUUUGUCCCUUAUAUUUACAUCCACGGUAAAUCGAUGAAAUAGUUAUUGUGAUAAUAUUAUUAUGUGAUAAAUGUGGAUUGAUAAUAUGUGAGAUAUGUAAGAUAUAUUUGUGAUAAUACAUUUUUAUUCUGUUA